UCAUUUGCAGCCUCCGAGGCUCAACCUGUUGUACGACGGUUAAUUAAUCAAACGAAACGGUUUUUGCGUAUUUUGAAAAGUGGCGUUUUUCCUGAUGUUUCCCUCGUCUGGCCUCUUUGCUUGUAUACAUUGUCCUUUUUCAAAACGUGGGCAUUGUGAGCGGCCUCACUGUUUGUACAAACAUGCCACAGAAUUGCGGGAUACGUUUGGUGCCUCGUAUAAACCAUCGAUAGUUGUUGCAGGACUGCAAAAUGUCUAUCCAGUGAACAAUGAGACCAGAGAAGACGGCCUCCAGGAGCUGGAGCGGAUCAACAAGGAAAUUGAAACUGUAAGGCAUGAGGUGGAGCAGGAGCAAAGACGACUGUCACGCUACCAGACUGUACAGGCAGAGAGCAUAAACACUAUGCCUAAUUUCUCUGUUUCCAAGUCUGAGACUGCAGAUAAACAUGUAGACAUAGGUUCUUAUGGGCUGUCUUCAUGCACAGACUCAAAUAAAACAUUCUCCCGAGCAAGGAAGUAUGUGGUUGACAACUCAAAACCAAGGACUGACUUGGAGUAUGACCCCCUGUCCAACUUUUCUGCUGGCUUACGGUCUUAUAGCUCAUCAGGUAAAGAGCAAAAAGUGAGAAAUGGACCGGGUUCGAAACAAACAAUUAACGCUGUACCUUGUGACCAAAAGAAGCCAGUCGCAUGUCAGUCGCCGGUUUCCAGAUCACCAUCUCCAGAGCCAUUUGAUGACUCCAAUGAAGACUGCGUCCUGAUUAUUGACAUUCCGCCCUCGCCUGACAAAAAGAGAGCAAGAGUUCAGAAACCGGUUUAUUCUGUUGGUGGCAAAUCCCUCCAUGUAGCUAUGGUUGAGGAAUCGGAGGAGGUCCAAACACCUAUUUCACAUCUAAAUACAGAAGCGUGCAAGGUAACAUAUCAACCUACAUCAGUGAUGGAAGGCAAUAGGGUUUAUAGUAAUUGCAGUGCUGAAAACAAUCACAGUCCAUCAAAUCUUUAUGAAAACAAAGAAUGUGAAAAUAUAUCGGUUGAUGGAAGUGUAGUUAAUUUAACUGGCUGUUUAGAAGACUUGCAAAGUGAAAGUCAGAAAAUGACUCACUUUCAUGCUACAGAAACAUUGCAGACACCUACAAGUCCUCCUGCCACCACAGACCUGCAAGAUCAAAACUGGAGCAAUCUGGUGGGGGAAAAGGAAGAAAAUGUGUUUCAGGUGGAAUUGCCUCAGUGUGAGCUGACACAUUGUGUUAAGAAAAUGAAUCCACAGCAGCCACAUAAUUUUCCACCAUCAAAUUCACUUUUUUAUAAAGCUCCAAUUGCUAACUCAGACUUGCCAUGCAGACAGCACACCAAGCAAGCCCUGACAGGAGAACAGCCAACUCAGAACAGGGUUAGUAAUCAGUGGUCUUCCACAAAAUGUGUACCAUCAGUGCUGCCGCACAGCCAAAUAAUGUCAAGCAAAAUUCCAGGACAGAUUCAGGCUAAAGCUGCUGCACCUGUAGGCUACCUGGCACCAGAAGAAACGGCUUUAGACAGUAGCCAGACUUGGCAUAAUUCAGCAUCAAGUUUGGCCAACAGAGCUGAAUUAUCUUCAGGAUCAACUGAACAGCUUUUCGGGACAGAAAAUGAGGCUAUAAUCAUUUGUUCCAGCUCGGAUGAUGAAAGUGUACUCAACUAUUCAGAAAUGGAACUGUCUGACAGUGACCCAAUGGAGGAAUGCUACAGGAUCUUCAUGGAGGCUAACGAGGAUAAGGGAAAUGAUAAGCAGCCUGAAGUGUCUGUUGGAGCUAUGGCUGAAGAGAAACCCAGUGUUAAACCCCAAGCAUUGCCUAUAAAGAAGAGAGUGGCUCAUGAAGCCAAACAUACAGAGCAGCCAGUAGCUAAUAGCAGACCCCAGCCCCAGGUGCUUGUUCCUUUACGUGUGUCAGGGUUUGCCUCCCAGCCCUCCAUCACCCCCAAGAUCCAGCAGGUACAGCAGGGAGCCUCCAUGUUAACUGCUUCAGUUAAAGGUGGUCAGGCUUUUCUUUCCUCCUGUCAGCGGAAGCCAGACACCCAGACUGCACCUUUUCCUUUAACCCAAAGCCCUGAAAACCUGCAGCCUGCUCCUGUGCAAAAUACUUACAUGAACUACAUAUCUUUGGGAACUGCCGUGAUCGGAGUAGGCAACAACUUGCACUUGAUCCUCCCUGAGGGCACGUUCCCCCUGCCUGUCACUUCCAGUUCCAGCCAAGUUACUUCAGUGCUAACCCCACUCAGUCAUGUAUACACUAGCACUGCUGCUGUGAGACAGAUUUACAAUCCAACGGCAGUUACCCCUGUGCAAAGAUACCGCACCACAGCACCUGUUCUCAUUCCUGCCCCGGCACGCAAACCUUCACUGAGCUCAGCUUUGUCAUCGGCACAUUCAAGUCCAGCGGUUUCCACUACUCCUCUAGCUGCUGUCCAUUCUACUGUUAAGGCAGUGCCCACUAAACGGAAAUGGAAGCAGCAGUGUGAGGCCGCUAAAGACAAAGUGCCCCAUGACAUCCGACAGCGUUAUGUCAACAUGUUUACAGAGGAGUUCCUGAAGACAACAGCCAAUGUUAAUGAUGCCUUUGAAAAGGCACUUGCUGAAGAGAAGGCUGUGUAUAAUCGCAGUGUGAACAAACUCAAAUAUCUGAGUGUUGCAGUGAAUGCACUGAAGAAGCUGAAGAACCAAUAUGCUGUUGCUGCUAAAGAUGAAAAUGAAGUCAACAGCCAAAGAUCCAAAGGAAACAUUCCUCUUAAUUUGAAGAAUUCUAGAGAAAAUGCAGAUAUGUCCUUUUAUGAGAGUUUGAAGGACUAUAUUUUGACUGAGGAAAAGCUGGUUGAGAGCAACUAUCCUGUCCCUCACCCAGAGAAACCUGGUUGGGCUGUUCUUUUUGCUGACAAUAAGAAAGGCAGUGCGGACCCCUUUAAGAGGAUCUGCUGUCGAUGUGGCGCUACAUACUCUGUGAACCAAAUGGGCAAACACACCCGUAAAGAGGAGUGUAAUUACCACUAUGGCAAAGGAGUUACAAAAAAAGUGCCAGGUGGAGUGGAGACCCGCUACAGUUGCUGUGAGGGAGUCAUGGGAGCACCUGGAUGUCAGGUGUUUAAGUUGCAUGUCCAUGAUUCCCUCAGCCUGAAUGGGUUUGUUUCGACCGCCCCCAGACAUGCCUCAGAUAAGAUUUGUCCUGGGGUCUACUCCUUGAAUUGUGAAAUGUGUUACACUAUUCAUGGUCUGGAACUAUCUAGAGUGACGGUGGUCAACUCUAGUCUGCAUGUUGUCUACGACACCUUCGUCAGACCUGAAAAUGAGGCUAUCGACUUUAACACCAGGUUUUCAGGCAUCAGUGAGGAAGAUGUGAAGGGUAACUGCACCUCCCUCACAGAGGUGCAGAAGACCUUAUUGAGCUUCAUCAGCGCCGACACCAUUCUCAUUGGACAUAGCCUGGAAACUGACCUCUGUGCCCUGAAGUUGCUCCAUGGGGUGGUAGUAGACACAUCAGUGGUUUUCCCUCACCGUCUGGGCCUCCCUCACAAGCUGACUCUCAACAACCUCACUGCUGAAUACCUCAGGAGGAUCAUCCAAGAGAGUGUUUGUGGCCACGACACUGCAGAAGACGCUGCUGCUUGCAUGGAGCUUAUGUUAUGGAAGGUCAAAGAAGAUGGAAAACUGAAAAAAUGAUGGAAAUAAAACAU